AUGGUCUCUCUCAGUAUUCCUAAUCCUUUAAAUAAACUUUCUUUUAAGACGAGAGGCUAUAUUGCUUUGGCCUCUUCUUUUUUUUAGCACCUCAUCCUUGGCUCUUAUUAUGUAUGGGGAGGUAUUCUUACUUAUGUCACUUCUAGUCUAAGACACGAUGGCUAAUCAUACACAAAGUAAGAUGUUGCAAUGCUUGCUCCUUUUGUGACUCUUUCUCUUAACAUAGGUACUCCUUUUGGACCUAUUUUAGCAAAUAAAAUAGGAUUCAGACCUCUCAUGUUCAUUAAUUCUACUUUGAUGGGGUUAAGUGUGAUUGCGAGUUCAUACUUUGUCAACAAUUUUCCUGCUUUCGUUAUAUUAUACGGAGUCUUAUUUGGUUUACUUUCAGGUGCUCUAUAUAUGGUUCCUUUCAACACAUGUUACUUGUACUACCCAAACAGAAAAGGUCUAGUAGGAGGAGUUAUUACAGCAGGAUAUGCUCUUGGAUCAACUGCUUUGAUAUGGGUUAUGUUUGCAUUGAUUAACCCAGAAAACGAGAAACCAUCAGUCAAAAUAGAUGGUGAUACUUAUUUCAGUGCAGAAAUUUGUGAUAGACUUCCUUUCGCAUUAAGAAUUUUAGGAAUAAUUUAAAUUUUCAGUUUCUACAUAAGCACUCUUUUUCACCAAAGACCAAGUAAAGAAGAAAUUUAGGGAAUCAUGAAUUAAUCAAGUCCUAGUACAGCUCCUUACUUAUAACCUAAAUACUCUGUAGCAACUUAAAAUGGAUUACCUACUUAAAAUUAACUUAAUAAACAAGAAUCUGAAGCUACCAAAUUAAAUCAAUUACAAACAGAAGUUAAUCCUACUAGCAAUAUUAUUUCUACAGAUAUCCUUUAGGAAUAAUAAUUGGUUAUUCCUGAAUCCUAUUAUGAAUAUGAUACAAUAAAAGAGUGUUUAAAAACUAAAUUUAUAUAUAUGAGCAUAUUCUUGGCAGCCAUGUUUACAGUCUACGGGUCAAUAAUUACUUCCAAUUAUAAAAUUUUAGGUGAAAAAUCAUCUUACAGUGACUCUUUUUUAAAUGCCGCAGGCACAACUGGAUGUGUAGUUAACUGCAUUUCAAGAAUCUUUUGGGGUAAUCUUUUUGAAAAAUAUACUCUUCGCAGAAUAGCUACUGUAAAUCUUUCUUUCUAGAUUUUGUUGAGUGUUACUUUCUAUUGGUGCUCAAAAGUAGAACCUUUAUUUUUCAUAUAAAUUAUUCUAGCUUUCUUUGCUUUGGGAGGCUGGCUAUCUAUGCUACCUGCUUAGAUCGUUAGAGUUUAUGGAAGAAAAAUAGGAACAACAAUUUAUAGCGUAACAUUUGUUGGAUUCUCAAUUGCGUCCUUUUCAGCUUUCUUUAUCUUAAAAUCUGCCUCCAAAUCAGUAGGAUUCGCGUAUAUGUUUUAUAUUUUCACAGGAAUAUAGACAUUAGCUUUAAUUAUAGUUUAAUUUAUUGAUUUUAACGUUAAAUACAGGAAAAAACAAUUAAGUUAAGAAAUAUUAAACUAGUUUUAAUAAAAAUAAAAAGAAGUAAAAAUAUGA